AUGGCAUUUGGAUCCGGAGCGCUUGUUUUUGCUGUGGCAACUUGGCCAGCCCACAUAGCAUGUGCACAUCCUUGGAAGGUAUGGAAGAGGGCCACGCAGCUCUACGGCGAGUCGCUCUUCCGGCUGGCUGCUUCCACGUACGGUCCGCACCCAGGCUGCGGUCCGGCCUGCAAGGAGCGGUGUACCAACGUCGUGCUGCAGAUCAUCUGCGCUAUGAUUGGAGCUUGCCUUUACCUCGCCCUGAAUCGGUGGCUGGAGAACCUUGGCAAACCUGAGCAGCAGCAAGCGGCCCAGUGCGACACCCGAAGCCUGCGGAGCCUGGAGCUCGGUGUCGGUGCCGGCAUCGAGACGGUCCCGGAAACUAGCCCGCUACCGCCCAUCGCCGCGCUGUCGUCGCUGCGGAGGGCCUCCACUUUCCACGAAGACGACACCGGAGAGGUGACCACAAGCUCUGGCAAUGUGGCUUUGUCCAUGUGGUUGGGGAUGAUGCUCGACGGCAUUCCAGAGGCCCUUAUGCUGGGAUUCAUGACCAACGAGGGUGCUGUGACAUUCUCCUUCCUGGUAGCGAUCUUCAUUGCCAACUUCCCAGAAGCCUUUAGCGGUGCCAGCCUCUUGCUGGGGCAGCGCAUGGGCGUGUGGAGGAUUAUGGCGAUGUGGCUGAUUCUUUUUUCGUUGACUGGGCUGCUGGCAAUGAUCGGAUCACUCAUCAUGCCUGCCAAUGUCGAGCGGGGAUCUGACUUGGCGCAGAAGCGUGACAAGGUCACGGCCUGUAUGGAGGGCCUGACGGGUGGCGCCAUGCUGGCCAUGGUCUCCACGGCAAUGCUGCCAGAAGCUUUCAAGGGUGCUGGAGACAGAGCCGGGCUCCUCUUUGUCCUGGGCUUCGGCCUCUCCGUAUGGAUUACCUGCUUGGGCUACCGCUUCGGCAGUCCGCAGCAGAUGGCAGAAGGCUCGUCUCAAUCUGCUUUGCCGCCACUACACGACCACACGCCCAUGAGCAGACCUAGGCAGUUGCCUUUCUUCAAGGGAAGCUGCGCAGCUGCUGCCUGCCCGUGGUGUCCUUACGAGUUGAAGCUUCCUACAAACGGUUGGGCUUCUUUCGAGCUUGGAAUCAACUGUCAUGACGCAGAUCACCUGCCAGUUAUGCGGCAAAGCUUGCUUCUGAGGGCACACUCGUCGGGCGACAGCAUCGUGAAAGGCUGCACCUGCAAUGAUGGCGACUGGGUUGGCAAGCCCUUCUACGCUGGAAGCUGCACAGCUUUCGACUGCGACGCGGGCACUGGUUCCUCCUGCAAGACGUGCGUGGACCAACCAAAGCGAAAGCAGGACAACCAUUGCUCCAGCUGCAACGAUGGCUACACCAUCUUCGAGCCUCAGUGCAAGGUUAUGGCCAGCGAUCAGAAGUGUGGAGGACCAACUUGCGCGAAGGCCUGCAAGGGCGACAAGUGCGGCUUCAAAUGUGCCGGGACGUUGGCCGGCCAGGAGGAGUGUGCGGCGCAAUGCCAGGGUGAGCAGUGCGGCUUCCAGUGCAGCGGUGGGAACUGCGCAUCCACAUGCCAAGGCAACCAAUGCGCCUACGAGUGCCAAAGCACUUCCUCGGAUGUUCAGCAAUGCGGCAAGGAAUGCAAAGGUUUCGAGUGCGGCUACUAUUGCCAGGGCGCUGAGUGCGCACGCAGCUGCUCCGGCGAUCGUUGUGGUGCGUACUGCAGCGGCGAGUAUGGUCAGUUAGGGAACUGCGCGGCCAAGUGCGUGGGCAGGCAGUGUGGUUUCGAGUGCAUUGGCCACCAGUGCGCUGCAGAAUGCCAGGGCAGCCGAUGUGCCUACCGAUGCCAGGGUGAUCUUCAGGAGAUCGGCAGCUGUGGCCUCAAGUGCCAAGGACCCGAGUGCGCCUUCAGCUGCCAGGGCUCGGCCUGCGCUCAGCAAUGCACAGGUGACCGAUGCGGCAAGAGCUGCCAGAGCGGCACCAGUGGCGACCAGAGUUGUGCGAAGCAGUGCAAAGGCGAACAAUGUGGUGCUCUGUGCGUGGGGGCGACCUGCGCCAAAAGUGCAGCGGAAAGCUGGAGGAUGUGGAGACAUGCGGUGCCGGCUGCAAGGGAGUGGGCUGCGCGGCAUCGUGCCAAGGCAGCGAGUGCGCCCAGGGGUGCACAGGAGAGCGAUGCGGUGCCGGCUGCAGUGGCACCUCUGGCAGCAAGUCCCACUGUGCCGCGGGCUGCGUCGGGCGCCGUUGUGCGGCGAACUGCAAAGGCACAACCAAUCUCUGCAGUUUCGUGA